AUGACAGAUCGAACCCAUGACUUCCGGAAAUAUAUAGAAUCGCAGCGGGCGGAUUGCCAAAACCGUGCCGCGUCGGGUGCAACCCUCCGUGCGAACUCCUUGACGACGGAAUCGGCGAACGGAUUAAAACAGCGGAAGACGGACUGGGAGAAAGAGACGAACUCGGAGAAAGAGACGAAUCGGCUGGCCGGACGGAGCCUGGGAUCGAACCCGGGACAUAAUACGAGCAGCUCGAACACGAGCGACUUGAACCGGAGCAACUCGAACCCGAGCAGCAAGGCCGUCCGGUUGGACGUACCCCCGGAUGUGACUCCAGCACGAGUGGCUCCGGGGUCAGGUCGAAGGGCGCCUGCGUUGGUGCCAUACGCGGAGUCGAUCCGUCAGUUGUGCAAGGCAGUGAAGCAGUUGGAUCGGUUGACGCCGGCUGUUUUACGUGGGCCUGACGCAUCAUUGUACUACUGGUAUCAUGGUUUGGGCAGUGCAGUGUGUGGGGCAGCAUGUGUGUGGGCGCCCGUGCGUUUGAGUGCAUCUGGUGUGUGUGGGACUGGUACGUGUGCACAUGGUGUGUGUGGGACUGGUAAGUGUGCACAUGGUGUGUCUUUGGCGGAGUUGAAGGUGUUACUAGAGGCGGUGGAGGAGUCGGUGGAAGACGGGCGAGUCAUUGACAGGUUAGUGGAGCAACGGUGCACGAGUGAGCGGCGCGGCGGGUGGCGGGGGUGGUUCGAAUCCACGCCGGCCCAGCCGCCGGAUUUAGUUCGUCAUCGGACGGGUAUGCGAGCGGCCGUCGUGGCCUUUGUGCACGAAUUACGCCGAGCACUGAAGGUUUAUGAACUCCAAACACUCGCCAUCGAACUCGCACGUCAUGAUGUAUUAGACGCGUGGCGUACAUCCGAACUACCCAGCGACACCGACUGUGCCCUUCGGUAUGCCGAGAGCACACAGCGCCUCAACCAACGCGCCGAAGCCUAUGUCUACACACCUGCACUCUACAACCAAGUUAUAUCGGAGGUGCUCAACGACGCACAACCCACUUCCCUAGUCCGCAACGUGGUUCACAGCACGACGGGAACCACAGGAGGCCGGACUGCCCUAGACCGGACUGCCCUAGACCGGACUGCCCUGGACCGGACCGCGGGCAAGCAGCGGAGUGGCGUCACGACGACGGAUGCAACUACGGCAGGUGACCAAACUACGGCGGAGGAUCGUCCCGGUAGAUCCGGCACCGUCGGCAGACUGGACGAGAGGGGGCUAGACGAGCGAACGGAACGGGGGUUGGAUGUGACGGACACGGCGUUGCUGUCGAACCCGGACGAGCUGGAGAUCAUCGCACAGGCGAAUCCGCAAGUGCAGCGACUGCGAGUCUUGCAGCAGCAACAGGAAAUGGACGAAGACGUGGUAGUAGAUAUUUCGCGCAAGAUCGAAAAGAUCUCGGACUUGAUGACCUUCUUUGUGAACACGGUGGACCAACAACAGUCUAUGACUGCCAACAUUUUGAGUAUGACGGACGGCGCAGUGGGGAACGUGGCGGAUGCGGAGCGUCAGUUAGCCAAGGCGUUGGGUCGUCGGUUGACUGUACGACGGUUAUUGUUUGUGUUGUAUUUGGGGAUCGGGUUGUGCCUGUUGGGCUUAGAUUUUGCCAAGAGUUGGCUGGCAUAA